UGCUAGGGUGUGAACAGAUCAGCACGCGUGUUUGUGGAGCAACCACGUGCAGGAGAGGUAGGGUGUGGGAGUCUCCAGCGCAUCCAUCGGAUUGUGGUCGUGUGUGCGCGCGCGCGCGCGCCCCGUGCCGGUGUGUGUGCCUGUGCUGGUUCGGGCAGCUUGCAUGAGUAGUUUUCUGUGUGUGCUCGGUUUCCCAGUGCCUGCGCUGAGCGAGUGUGUGUGUGUGUGAGUGUGUGUGUGACAAUGUGUGUCAGGUGACUCGGGUCACGCAGUCUCUCUCUCUCUCUCCUCGGGGAGGAACUGCUUGGUUCCAGCUGACUCUCCUCCGCCAGGCGGGGCAGGAGGAGGGGGCGCACGGUGGGGCACGGUGGAAAAGUCCUGGACUGGGACCCCAGAGCCGGCGGCGAGGGGGAGGGGGGACAGUCGCCAACUGGGCUCCAUCACCUCCCUUCUCCCCUCCCCCUCCGGAGGGGAUAAGAAAAGAGGAGGCGAGCGAGCCAAUUCAGAAACAGAUUGCAGAGCGGCAAGCAAGGAAGAGUUGUUCACUCCCUCCCCUUUUCCCCUGGAGCCCACCCUGGUCGGAGGGAGACCCACUGCGAUGAGCCAGGUGCUAGGGAAGCAGCAGCAGCAGCAGCAGCAGCAAGACGAAGAGGAAGAGGAGGAGGAGGAUGAACUCGUGGGGCUAGCGGAUUAUGUGGACGGGCCCGACUCCUCAGACGCAGAUCCGGAAAGCGGAGCCGAGGAGGGAGUUUUGGACUUCAGUGAUCCCUUCAGUACUGAAGUGAAGCCAAGAAUUCUGCUUAUGGGACUGAGGAGAAGUGGCAAGUCAUCCAUUCAGAAAGUCGUCUUUCACAAAAUGUCACCCAACGAAACCCUGUUCUUGGAGAGCACGAAUAAGAUAUGCCGAGAAGAUGUCUCCAACAGUUCCUUUGUUAACUUUCAGAUUUGGGAUUUCCCAGGUCAAAUUGACUUUUUUGACCCUACAUUUGAUUAUGAGAUGAUCUUCAGGGGCACAGGAGCACUGAUAUUUGUUAUCGAUUCCCAGGAUGAUUAUAUGGAAGCCUUAGCCAGGCUGCACCUCACUGUGACUCGAGCCUACAAGGUACAUCCUGACAUCAACUUUGAAGUGUUUAUUCAUAAAGUGGAUGGCUUGUCAGAUGAUCAUAAAAUUGAAACCCAAAGAGAUAUUCAUCAGAGGGCAAAUGAUGACCUUGCUGAUGCUGGAUUAGAGAAAAUUCACCUGAGCUUUUAUCUGACAAGCAUAUAUGAUCAUUCUAUAUUUGAAGCUUUUAGCAAAGUGGUACAGAAACUGAUUCCACAGCUCCCAACCCUGGAGAAUUUACUAAACAUCUUUAUCUCAAAUUCUGGGAUUGAAAAGGCCUUUCUGUUUGAUGUGGUCAGUAAAAUUUAUAUUGCAACAGAUAGUACCCCUGUGGAUAUGCAGACUUAUGAACUCUGCUGUGAUAUGAUAGAUGUGGUUAUCGACAUUUCUUGUAUAUAUGGCCUCCAAGAAGAUGGAGCAGGAACCCCUUAUGACAAAGAAUCAACAGCAAUUAUAAAAUUGAAUAAUACAACGGUUCUUUAUUUAAAGGAAGUGACAAAAUUUCUGGCCCUCGUUUGUUUUGUCAGAGAAGAAAGCUUUGAAAGAAAAGGGCUCAUUGACUAUAAUUUCCACUGUUUCCGCAAAGCCAUCCAUGAAGUAUUUGAGGUGAGGAUGAGAAUAGCAAAAUCUCGGAAAGUUCAGAGCCAGAUGCGGAAGAAAAAAGGAACCACUCCUAAUGGAACGCCCAGAGUUCUGCUGUGAGAUUUCAGUGACAGUCUUUGAGAUGAAGGCUAUUUGAUGAGAUGCUACUUGGUGUUGCACUAGAGGAAGAAGAGAGGGAAUUGGACACAUGGCUGGAUUUGUCAUAUAACAAUCAGUGCAACAUCACACUUGAUCCUUUUUAAAAAAAAAAUAAUAAAGUAAGCACUUUCAGCAACAACAAAAAACCUUGUAUAUUAAACAGUGAAGUGAAAUCUGUUGUAAGAAUGUUCUUAACAUAAAAUGUACAUUUUUAUUUUCAUUUGGUCCAUAGUAAGAAAAAUCAAUUGUCAGAACUGUCAGGUACUGUACAUACUUUGUACUUUUUUGUUUUUGUUUUUUUCUCAUGGAACAGAACUUUGAUAAAAACUAGUUUUCUAAGCUGUUUUCCCUACAUGGUGUCAGUGACAUGCAUAAUAGAAUGCAUUUUGCAUAUGGCAAUCUUAAAAUCAUUGAAUAAUGUUACCUUGACACACUGCCUAUUUUUUUUCAUUUUUUAAAAGAAUUUGUGAACAUUUGGUACUAGUUAUUCACUUAAAUAUUUCCCCUGACCCCACAUCCAUCCUUGUAGCUGGAGCAGUUUGGAGCACUGUGCUCCCAUGGCAAUAAGAACUCUUCAUAUUUAUUAAUUAAUUGAUAAGGAUUAGUGUUUAUAGAUAAAACCUAGAAUCAAACCAAUCCAAACUUUUUCAGAGACCUGACAAAUAAAUGCCCCACUCUUUUCCAGAUCUUUUUACUAUUUUUACCUCCAUUGUGAGCUCUAAAAUAACUUUAUACCUGGAGAAGAUACUCAUUUUGUAAACCUGCUCAUUGCUGCAUUACAGUUUUUACAACAUUGCGGACCAGAUUUUCAAAGUGGUGUCCACAGUUUCUGCAAAGAAGGGUGCUACUGCUGAAAUACUGGUACUGGUUGAUCUUUUGCACCUGCCAAGUGGAGUUAAAGUGAUCUCAGGUAUUGGGGAUUUGCCCACUGAAGUGAACAGUAAUGGCAGGCUUUAAUUAAGAAGAGACUAUUUUGAAGUUUGGGGUACCUUAGAAAAGGGUUGGGAACAAGGGAGAUUAGGGGUAUGGCACAUUUAAGAAGUUUACCCAAGGGCCAACUUCCCAUUUUGCUAUGUGCUGUCACUGAAUGUAUCCCUACUCAAAGCAACCCCCAGAGCAUGGCUUGUUCAGUCUAUUUUCCAUCUUUUCUUCUCUCUGUUAGGUGUGACUGGAUGUACCUUUUUUCUGGGAUUAAAUUACACUAAUAUUCCCUUCUGGUAUCCUUCAUUAAGGCUGCAAAGCGAUCCUAAAAAUGCCUAUCAGGCAAUGAGAUAUUAAAUAAGGAUGGCUACAGGAAACCUUAGAGUUACAGAGAAUAUUCCUUCCCAUGAAAGUCAGGCAGGAGAAAUGGAAAGAUUUGUCAACUUCCUAAAGCUGAGAAAAUCCCCAAGUGAUAACUAUGGCAUAUAGGAGGGGUGAGUGAUCUGGGACAAGAAAGGGACAUUGGAGAGGAUUUUAGUGCCAUCAGUUUGUAAAGAGGCUUGGGAAGGUACUAAGGUAGACCUAGGAGAAGUGGUUUGCCUUUCUUGGCUCUCUCCUGCCUCCCCAAAAACCUGCCACCUGAAAACUAAAAGUGUGAGCUGAUAAAGAAUUUGGGGUAUGGCUUAAAAGGAUCUGAAAACUAAGAAGUUUAAUAAAAGACAUAAAGACUGGCCCAGAUGGGCAUCUGCCCUUUAUCAUGGCAUAGAAGAUACAGUGCUGGAGUGGAGUCAGAAAGUCUUGCAUUCAAAUCCUACCUCUGAUGCUAACUGUAUAUAUCAGUGGACCAGUGGGCAAAUUAUUUACACUCUCUGGGUCUUAUUUUCCUCAUUUGUAAAAUGAUGGGGUUGGGCUUGAUGAUUUUUAAGGUCUUUCAGAACUAAUCUGUGAUCCUAUAAUUCCUCCUUCUUGGACUAUGGCCCAAGGGAGCUUCUGCCAGAGUUUCCUAGGGAGGCUUGUAAUAUGUUUUUGCUGAGUUUCAAUCUAUAUCUAUAUUCAGGUAGUUCCCUGUACAGUGAAUAAAUAAAAAUUUGGUGUACUACUUCUGAAA